AUCACUGCACACAAAUCACAAGGCCAAACACUAAAGAAAGUUAUUGUUGAUCUUGGUUCAAAAUGGUGCCGAGGUGCUGAGAAACCAUAUGUGAUGAUAUCACGUGCAACCUCUCUACAAAGCCUGUUUAUCUUGCGUCCAUUUAAUUAUAAUAAAAUUUGCUCUCAUCCAUCUCAAGACAUUCGCCAAGAAACUCUUCGAUUAGAUGUACUGAACCUCAAAACA